UUGAGGAGCACUAAUUCAAGUGAGAUGAUGAAUGAUUUGUUGGCUCUCUUUUUGUGAUCUGUUGUUAGGUCUUCUCUUGUCCAAUUAUUAAUGCAUUUAAGUUUUCAUUAAAAAGAAAAAAAAAAUUCAAGUGAGAUGCAGUUUGUAUUGCAUUAAUUUGACGAAGGCUUGGAUGAGUGCAUGACUUUAUUGACAUGAAAAAUUGUAAAGGCGAGACAUUUUAUUCAAGAAACGAAAGGAGUAAGAUAUAGAUACAAGAAAAAGGCCCACUGUAAGGGUAAGAUAGAGGCACUAAACUCGGCAUAGCAACAUCAAAUGGGUGAAGCGGUGGCGAGCGUGAUUUUGGUGGUGGUAGUGCCGUUGCUGGUGGUGGGUUCGGUUGAAUGCGAAUGCGAGUUGAAGGCAAUCUUCAACUUCGGAGAUUCAAACUCCGACACCGGUGGCUUCUACGCAGCUUUUCCCGCCCAGUCCGGUCCCUUCGGAUCCACCUUCUUCCACAAACCUGCCGGAAGAGCUACCGACGGCAGACUCAUUCUCGAUUUUCUCGCUCAAGCACUGGGAUUACCAUUUUUGAGCCCUUAUCUGCAAUCAAUAGGAGCUGAUUACAGACAUGGAGCCAACUAUGCAACAUUGGCAUCUACAGUUCUUCUCCCUAAUACUUCUUUGUUUGUCACUGGAAUCAGCCCUUUUUCUCUCGCCAUUCAGCUCAACCAAAUGAAGCAGUUCAAAGCCACAGUUGAUGAAGUUGGUCACCUUGACCCGAAGCUUCCUUCACGGGAUAUCUUUGGAAAAUCUCUGUAUACAUUCUACAUUGGGCAAAAUGACUUUACGUCCAACUUAGCUGUCAUUGGCAUUGGCGGGGUGAAGGAAUACCUUCCUCAAGUUGUUUCACAGAUUGCUGCAACUGUUAAGGAGCUGUAUGAACUUGGAGGGCGCACAUUUCUGGUGCAGAAUCUUGCACCAGUGGGAUGUUACCCUGCACUUUUGGUGCAGCUUCCUCAUGAAAGAACAGACGUUGAUGAGUUUGGAUGCUUGAUUUCUUACAACAAUGCAGUACGCGACUAUAACAACAUGUUGAAGCAGACAUUAAACCAAACCAGAGCAAGUCUUUCAGAUGCUUCCAUCAUUUAUGUGAAUACCCACUCUGUGAUGCUAGACCUUUUCCAGCACCCCAAAUCUCAUGGGCUACAAUAUGGUACCAAAGCAUGCUGUGGACAUGGAGGGGGUGACUACAACUUUGACCCAAAACUUUACUGUGGCAAUUCCAGACAGAUAAAUGGGAGCACAGUGACAGCAUCAGCCUGUGAUGAUCCCUAUAACUAUGUAAGCUGGGAUGGCAUCCAUGCCACUGAAGCUGCAAACAAGCUCAUUACUUUAGCUAUUCUUAAUGGCUCCUACUCUGAUCCUCCUUUCCCUUUUCAUCAUCUCUGUCAUCUUCAUCCAAUAGCUUGAACACAUUACAUUCCUUCCUCAAGGUUACAGAAAUCAUUUCCAUUAAUAAAGGGAUUUGGGAAUUCCUAUUUAGGUGCUGUUUU